UGCAUAUAUGUCACUAUCACGCACGACGCUCCAUUAAUUCUCUCGCGUUUGCUUGCGUCUUUGAUCCAUGAGAUGAGCCUAGCCUAUAAUAUUACUAGCAAGCACGUACGUACAGUGUUUUAUUUGAGGUGCAGCCAUGGUGGACGUCCAUUUCUGCCACAGAGCCACCGCCGUCGUGGUGCUGCUUCUUCUUCUUCUUCACCUUGUCGUCUUCGCCACCGUCGCCCACUCCCAGUACCCCUGCGAUUGGUGCCCUCCACGUCACUCCACCGUCUCUCUGCUCUCCACGCACGCCGGCAGAUAUGCAGGUGGCGCCUGCGGCUACGGUGCCGCGCCGAUGGAGCUCAGCGCUGCCGCCGUCACCGCCGACCUCUUCCGCGACGGCCAUGCCUGCGGCGCCUGCUACCAGCUAAGGUGCAGAGACCGGAGGCUGUGCGGCGAGGACGGCGUCAAGGUCGUCGUUGCCAACCUGGUGAGGCAGCCGGAGCAGGAGGAGACGAACCGGACAGCUGAUGGAUCGCUGCAGUUUCGCAUCACCAAGGACGCCUUCGCGGCCAUGGCGAAGCACGACGGCGUGUCCGCUCAUGAGCUCACGAGCCUCCGCACCGCACAGGUCGACUUCAGGAGGGUGCCUUGCGAGUACAACAAGAGCAGGAGCUUGGCGGUGAGGGUGGAGGAGGCGAGCGCCAACCCGAGCCGCCUCGCCGUCCGGUUCCUGUACCAGGGCGGCCAGACCGACAUCGCCGCCGUCGAGAUCGCGCCGGCGAACGCCACGCCGUCGUCGUGGAGGUACAUGACGCGGCGCGACGGUGUCGUCUGGAGCACGCCGCGCGCCCCGGCCGGCCCGCUGCGGCUCCGCGUGGUGGUGACGGCCGGCUCCGGCGGCAAGUGGCUGCGGAGCGACGGGGAGGUGCUUCCCGCAGAGUGGAAGCCCGGCGAGGUGUACGACACCGGCCUGCGCGUGACCGACGUGGCCGUGCGCUCCUGCAGCCUCUCCUGCGGCACGACGCCGGACAGCCAUGGAGAUGGAGACGGAGGGGAAGAGCUGAGAUGACACUUCGACGUGACGCGCACCAAGAGAGCUAGAGGAGUCAUAUGCUUUGGAAGUUACAAAACCAGGGGCCUGUAUGUAAAAUUUAGGACCACUAGCAACAGACUAGUACAUAACAGGGUCUUUUCUGCAAAAUGUUUGACCGCUACCAUUUUCAGCGAUCAGAUCAAAUAUUGGAAUGCUGGAAUGCCUCUGGUUCCUGCGUAUAAUUCACAAAUUAAUGCAGAGUAUAAAGGUACAAAUUAGCUUCAAAAUUAGGCAAUUGAUGAGCAACGAUGCAUCCUCUGGAGCCACCUAUUAGUCAACUGCUUAAAAAAAAAUGAAGAUGUUGGAUUGGAAU